AUGAGGUAUAAUGAGGCCGAAGAGUUUUGCAAAAGUUUGGGUGGAACGGUUGGCAAUGGUCAUGGUAAGUUUUUAAUUAAAAAAUUACUGGACGCAUCGUAUUUUACAUUCAAAAACCCAAAAUGGCUCGUAUUUUACUUUCAAAAACGUUUUCGUUUCAAAACUAUUAAUUGUAGAUCAAAAAUUAGCCAUAAUUUCUUCAAAAUCCAGUUUUCGUUGUAAGACCCAGCACAAAAAUUAAGUUUUUCAUAAAUCUUAAAUUUUUUUUUAAAAUUUAGUACAAAAUGUUUAUUUCACCAUUUCUAAACCAUUUCUUUGAUUUUUCAAUGCAUACAUGUAAUAUAAUGCCAAAACCAAGUUUUCGUGUUAGGACCAUUUUGGUCCCACCACGAAAACAUAUAAAAUUUUGAUUUUUGCAUAAAAAUCGAUUUUUAAUUAUAAUUUUGAAAAAGCUAUUUUUUUAAAUAUAUAACUUCUCAUACUAUGCUAAAAAAUCAAUUUUUCGUGGUAAGACCAUUUUGGUCCCAACACGAAAACAUCAAAAUUCCAAAAACUGAUUUAAAAAAUAUUAAAAAUGGAUUUUGUGACUAAAAACCAUAAUCACUGAAAUUCCUUUUUUUACACUAUUAUCAUUUUUUCAGAAACCCUAACCUUCCUAACCCCCUACUGGACAAAGUCAUCUACCCCCUGUACCUACAAAACCCUGAAGGGUACUACCAAAAGAAGUUGUACCAAAAAAGCAAAUGUAAUUUGUGAAAUCGACCCUAUUCAACCAGUUAUUCAUUCUCCCUGUCCAUCUAACUGGAUUCACAACCCGAGAACAUCAGCUUGUUAUUAUACAGCCAAUGACAUUAAGAGGUGGUCGUUAGCUGACAAGUUUUGUUGGAAAAUUACCCGACCUUUCGAUGUGGAUGGUCAUAUUGUGACAAUUCAUAAUGAAAGGGAGAAUGAGUUUGUUGCUAGUGAGUUUUUGUGGUUUUUAUUGUUAUUUUGAAAGUUUAGAGAUUUUUGAAAGAGUUAGAAAUAUAGGUAGCUAGACCGUUACCUUACAUCUUUAAAAUUUCGGCAAAGUGGGCGUAGGGGUAGAAGGGAGAAGUAAGAAAUGGUGAAAUUUUUUUUAUGAUCAGAGAAACACAGCUUCAAAUUAAAAAAAUUUCGUUGCGGGACCUAAGCUGGACUAUUAAGGCCUUGGUUUAGUCCCCUGGGGCAUUGGGGUUGGCCUCCGGCCUUCGGACCCACAUGUGCUGGCCCGGCCUCUUUCAAAAUUUUCUUCGUCCCAGGCCAGGCCGAGAUCUGGCCCGACCUAGUGGGCCUCCUUCUAAGUCUACUGGGCUCUGCUAAAACGAAAAAUAGCUUUAAAAUAUCAUUUUUUUGCAUUUUUUUUCAGAAUUGGCAUCAAAAACAGGUAAUAAAAACGCUUAUCUUGGAGCUAUUGGCAACCCAAGUGAUAAAAAAUUAUGGUCAUGGUUUGAUAGUAAGUAUUUUGUUUUAAAAAUUUAAUUUUAGGGGGUUAAAAAUGUAAAUUUAGAAGUUUUGUCAUUGAAAAACUGAGCUAUAACUUUUGAAAACAUAAAUUUAGUGGUUUUUUCAUUAAUAAUGAGGUUUUAAACAAUUUUUUUGGUCAAAAAUAAAUUUGAAAAUGUUUCAUACCAGUGGCAACAAUUUUCUGGCCUUAUCAUACAUACUAUUGGCAAUAAUUUUUUGACCUGCUCCUACUAUUGCCAACAAUUUUAAAGCCAAAAAAUCUCCUAAUACCUUCUUUUAGACACCUACUUCCCCUCAUACUCAAAUUGGGGUGAAGAUCAACCCAAUUCAUCCUAUAAAACAUCCACAAUUUUGGUUAUGAAUGUCACUUCAAAACAAUGGUAUAACUAUCAUCCUACUCGGGUCCUAGAAGAUGUUGUUACUAUUUGUAAAUUCGAUCUUUAA